AUGAUUCCUCAACUUCUCAAGGAUGUGCUCUCAAUCAUGAUUGCACACACAUUGGCGGACUGGCGACUGGAUGUCAAUGCCAUUUUCCAGGAUAUCUGGGCAUUGCGCCUCUCUGCAGAUUCAAAAAAAUUCGAUGACUAUGACAUUGCUCAUAUGCCAGACUACUUCAAUGACUGGUGGAAGGAAUCACUUGGUUGUUGCAGGGUUUCAGACAUGUUACCCAAGUCAUGCGUCCAAGAUGUUAUGGAUUUGGUCAGAUGGCACUUUUCGCAGCUGCCUGAUCAUGUGAGGACCGGCCUUCUGCCAUAUAUUGUGCAGGGUCCAGAUGAGCUGCCGGAUACACCUGGUUCAACAUCUUGUGUGCAGUGGCACCGGACACCAAUUGGGAGAGAGUUGGUGGAUAUGUUGCAGAUAAGAAUGAUGAAUCUUAGACGUUCAAGUGAUCAGUUGGCUGGAUUGGUUGGGCCAAUUGAUGAAAUCACAAAGGCUGUGUCAUCCUCACAGGCACUCAUUGACCAGUUGAAUAUAGAUGACAGUCAAGCCAUGGUUACCAUUCCACUUGACUGGGCCUUGUACCAGACCUACCUUGCCGGUGAAUUGGUGCAUGAGAUUUUCACGUCUACAAUUCUUCACCGACCGGUAAAGGAUAUGGACCUUGGACUCUUGGAUAUCGACACUUGUAUAGCUUUGGAGCAGCUCGCCAAUGUGAUGGCCACUGCUUACUCUAACCCCGUUCAUCUUAAAAUAGACAUGGUCAGAUAUAAUGACGCCCUGGACAAAGAUGAAUCUGGUCGAAGUGAGAAACGAGAGGAGAUUCUUUUCAACAAAUUUCCUCCUGAAAAGGAUCGUUUCUUGACAACCCCAUCUGUUGUCAUUGAUUCCGGCGGUAGAAUCAUUGUCUGGUAUUUACCUGGAGCACUGACAGCUAUGAUAAUGAACGAUAUUCAUGGUGCUACACAUUCCAUGAGUGGUUUAAUGAAGCACAGCAUAACGACAGGCAAGAUUUCUCAGUGGAGGACCCACCGGUCUAACUUCCAUCCAAGUCCGGAUGGUAUUAUCACUCCCGGUUGCAUCAAUAUAUCCCCUGCAUGGUUUCAGCAAGAAAGAGAGAAACAUGGCUUCCCUAAUCUCGACCCAGAAGAUGGUUUCUCACCAGAGGUAUCAGCAGCACUGAAAGGUGACGCUGGUCGCAAUAUUAUGGCAUCCCUUCAAAGGUCCAGUAUCAUUGUCUCUGCUGCACUUCGAGUCAUACACCCUGAUCUUUAUUGGGCCGGAAUGGAAACUCAAGUCAGGCUUGGUAAAUGGGCUGCCCAAUAUCAAUUGGACGACAUGCACCAUCAUCUUCAAUGCUGGACAUCCAUUUUUAACGUGGUAUCAAUCAUAUGCAAUCGCCGGACACCCCCUCAUAGAGAUCCCAAAUGUCGACCGGCAGCAUUUGAUAUCAUGACGACUGCUGGUGUUUAUCAGCCGGUCAUCAUGGAUUUUAUGAACCUUGGUAUCAAAUUUCUAUAUGACUCUGGCUUAAUACUGGCUUCAUCAUGUUGA